ACAUUCUUCCAGAUCUUUCUGAUGAGCUUUUCCGUAGCAUAGAUCCUAAACAUGAUCUAUUACAAAAAAGGGUAUCGGCAUAUCCUUUUGAUUCUAGAAUUAUUAACGCUAAAGACGCAGCGUUAAUAGCAACUUGGAUUGAUAACAAACAAGAAAAGCCUUACCGUUUUAAAGAACUACCUUUCAAAUUUGAGCUUAUUUAUCGUGCAAGCCAAGAACAUUUUAGUAUUAAUAAGUUUCAUGAAAGUUGUGAUAAUAAGGGACCAACCGUUGUUAUAAUUAAAGUCCUAAAUUCUGAGGAAAUAAUUGGUGGAUAUAAUCCGUUAGAUUGGCGUAGUGUAGAAUUAAUUAACGAUGGAAAUAGAAGAUUACCGUCUUAUGUUUAUAAUAAUCAUAAAUGUAAAACGUCAAAAAGUUUUAUAUUUUCAUUACUUUCAUCUUCGAAAGGAGCAAUUCCUCGAUUUAGUCGUAUCUCUACUAAAAAUGAAGCAAUCAUUUGGUGUAAUAAUAAAGGACCAUGCUUCGGAUUACAAGAUUUGUGGAUACAGAAUAACUCUUCUGUUACUG